CUUCAACAGAAAUAACUCCCCUUGGUUCAAAUACCCCUCAAAUUGCUAUUAUCAUACGGCUCCUAUUCUGUUGCGUAUUGAGACACGUGGACCAAUGAUGCUGCAUGUGUUGGAAAUUAUCCUGCAGAUUUGAAGCGCCUGAUUGGCCAUUAAAUGGGGAGGCUGGGAGAAUCCCGUUUGCAUCUGAAUGAUGAUGAGAAAAGGGCACCAAAUACAGGGGAAACGAGCGCAGAGCGUUUAGUAUCAUCAAGCAAUGUGUGUUUUGUAAACAACAGAGUCUACAAUUGAGUUAUGUGCAUAUGUCGAUGUGAACUGUUCUGGGGCUUCCGUGUGAACUUACAAAUCGGAUAACCUCCCGUUCCGAAAUCACUAGUUUUGCCAUCUGACAGGUCUCUUAUGUGGAUUCGACAGUAAAUGCUCUGGCACGGAAAGUUGCUCUGGGUAUAAUUUUUGUUUACAAGUCUCAAUCAUUGAUCCAGAAAUCCAUAAGUAUUGAUCUGUUUGCAUCAAACCCACUCGCACUGAAUAUUGGACCCUUUUUCACGGAAUAACCAACAUCGGAAUUACACUGAAAACCUGACUGCUUAUGAUGAUGGCUAAACCAUCCCUAAAGAGCCGCUUGCUUGGUGCGUAUUAUUCGCCCAACCAUCCUAGCACCAGAAAGAACAACGCAUCAAAAUGUACCUAAACCGCUCAGCCAGGGAUAAUAAGGCAUCCAACCUGCAUUUCUCACCGUGAAACAGUGACAUAAAUUGUAAAAAUGGCCGAGAUCCCACGAGACUUGCAGCAAGCACGCGUUGGUUCUGCCCUGUGUAUCCACAAAGUGCGACGGUCAUUUUAAUCUCCAUAGUCCCACAUCCAAAUCUCCGUCUCCCCCUGCCCUUUCGUGUUUUACAAACGAAGGCGUCGCGCGGUGACUGAGACAAUCAUGCUGGGAGACAGUGGCUGCAGUCUUGACGUAGGAUUAUAGCGAACACGACAGUUCGUGAUAAGCGCUGGUGAGAGAGAGCGAUCAGGCUUUAUACGGAGACGCGCUGUCCCGACCCGAUGCCAAUUUGAAGCCCUUCCGCUGAAAACUCAUAUCCAACGCGCAUGAACGAAUACCCGAGUUGACCAAGUCCAACACUUACAGCGGGCGGCUCGGCCCAUCGCAAAUCGCAAUUGAACCUCGCAACGAAAGGGCAUGAACUUCACACCAGGUCCACCGCAUUCUCCUGGCCCUUUCGUAUCACUUCGCCUGCUCUUAAGUUGCGACAGUUUGCGCAAGUGCGAGCCUGUUAGCUUAAUUGUGCGAGUUGGGCGCAUAACUCUUCUGGAAGCUCUUCAACUGUGUCGCGCUCUUAGUUACCGACUUCUUUCAUUCACCUCUUUCUUUACGCUUGGUGGUUUAUUGGCCAUUUGGAGUAUUGGAUUUGCGAAACAAAAGUUCUUUUUCAUCUUCAAUAAUUCGAUAUUGCUGCGUUGUCAACUGUUGUCGCGUUGUCAACUGUUGUCGCGUCGUCGUUGUCUCGCCUGCGCCUCCUGCUUUUUACACGACCCCAACCUCCCCAUAUCGAGACCAGGACCAAGUCACCUUCCACCCCAGACAACCACAUCUCUGGGUACACUCUCUCACAAAGUUUAACUCAAUAACUUUCUUCGAUACCGUUCCUCAGGUUUACCCACAAGGUUUACUUGCCAGGCGUAGAUCGAAUCCCAACCUUCCAUAUUCAGAACUACAACGGAAAGGUUGACUGUGAGAAGGUAAACAAAGCAUAGGCCGCAACCAUCUUGCCUUCCAAGCUUUCCACUCCACCACCACCACCAACAGCAUUGUCGAAACCAACUUUCCCCCGAUCUAACGACCUUUACGCGCCCAACGAAACGUCAACGUCCAUUGAUAAGUCACGCCAGCUCUCAUCAUUCUCUCAAGCCAGAUAUAGUCCGUCAAUCUCCUCUGUUAGCGCCAGGACUCUACGACGCACUCCCAACCUCGAAUCUCUCUCGCAAGCGAACUCACUUCAGCGACGUACACACAUUGAAGCUGUAUCAGUUGGCAUCACUCCGAGCCCAAGCCCCAGCUUAACCUCAGAACCGAGCCCACCGCAUGUGAGGUUUGUUGAGCCUCAACCAUACCAAGCUGCACCUCAAGAGGCUGCGGGACUACCUGAAGAGCAAGAGCCAUACGCAGUCCGAUCUAAGGACUUCCAGGGUCCUGACGAGAAGCUACGACCACACAGAGCAGUACGAGUCAACAAGCAUACCGCUGCAGCUAUCCUCUACACGCUAGAGGAAGCGCUGCGACAUCCGACAGACUUCACGCCUGUUUGGGAGGAGGAGAACGCUUCGAUGUCAGAUCUACCGGUGGGGGGCGCACCAGCCUACGCUGGCAACGGACGCACCAAUAAUGGAUCAAUGAGACCAAGUGUGCCACAGCCAACGGGCUCGCCUGCAGGUUUGAGAGGCCCAAAGCAGAUCAUGAUAGAGCGUCAGGCCAGAGAAGAGAAGAAACGAGCCGCCGCUGAGGCCGAGCUCCAGAGGCAACGACAAGAAGAAGAGCAAAGGGUCCUUGAGGAAAGGAGAAUAAGCGACGAGAGGAGAGCAACUGCUGCUGGUGGUGGUGGAGGAGCAAGGGGGAGUGGAGGUGGAGGUGGAGGUGGUCAAAGAAUAUCAGACAACUCCCAGAGAUCGAAUCGUACGUCUGGAGGUAUAGUUGUAAGUGGUGACCAAGUUAACAAGGCUGGGGAUGCAUCGUUGCAAGGUCGCGGCACUGGUGGUACCGCAUUGGGCGGCGGCGAUCCAGCUGCAGCUAGGAGGGCAGCACGCGCAGCAGCUCAAGGUGGAGCCGCUCCCCAAGCUGGCCCAGAUCCCACUGCACAGCCUGAGCAAAGGGCGCCUCUGGCCGAGCCGGCUGUGGAUCCUCUGGACGCUGUUGCUCAGGGGAAAAGGAACACCGGUUCGACAUUUCCUCACGCGUUCGAGCGUUGGGAGACCCUGUCUGCACACUGGGAGGGACUGACAUCUUACUGGAUUCGCCGCCUCGAAGAAAAUACUAGUGAGAUCCAGCGUGAUCCGAUCUCAUCUCAGCUUUCGCGUCAAGUCACCGACCUAUCUGCAGCAGGCGCCAACCUUUUCCACGCUGUUGUAGAACUUCAACGUCUUCGGGCUUCCUCGGAACGCAAAUUUCAGAGAUGGUUCUUCGACACCAGAGCCGAACAGGAGAAGAUGGCUGAGAGACAGGGAAUGCUCGAUACCCUCCUCCAAUCUGAGAGACAGGGAAAGGCUGCUGCAAUCCAAGCUGCGGUGCAAAAAGAAUCUGAGAAAAACAACUCGGAAAAACUAAUCAACGAAUUGAAAAGAGAAUUGCAAAUCUCGAAGGAAGAGGCUCGACGUGCUUGGGAAGAACUUGGACGUCGUGAGCAAGAGGAGCGCGAGAGAACCGCCUCUUUACGCGAUGGGCAGCCCACACUUGUGGGUGGUGUGCAAGUCGUCCCCAUGAUGCAGGGAGCUCCUAGCAGGCACACCAGCACUGCUCAGAGAGAUAGACCGGCGACUCGUGAAGGUCCAUACCCUGGUGGACCAACCGCAGCAAGCAUGGGAGGCCAGCAAGAUUCUGAGGAGCUCUACAACCAGAGCGGACGCGCCCGCCAGACCGACCCAUUCGUCGAGUCUAGGUCUGCCGCACCCGCCACAAGUGGCGGAGCUGCAUCAUCCCGCCAGCAAACCUCAAGCUCCGCUUCUGGAACGACAUCCCGCCCACACCCCCCCAGCUCGACCUCAACCCCGCCAGAUGCCCAUGCUCCAGCCACACAGCAAACACCGGGAGGUUUCUACCAGCAACAGCAAGGCGCAACGCUCCACCCAGGGGACGUUGGCUCAGACUUGGGAACUCUCAGUGAGGAAGAGUAUGAAAUCGACCCCCAAGGCCAGUUCAGACGCGAUGCGCGCGGAAACAAGAUCCCCUACCAGCGACCGAUUUCGGAGGCCGAAUCGGACGACGAGCGUGUGACUGAGGCCAGAGCUAGAGGGCACGCCCAUUUGCAGCAGUACGGAGUGAUUCCAAUAACCAGCGGAGAUUACCCUCCCCGCACGAGCGCAGCUGCACCCAUGGAGCCCGUCGAUUACUCUGGCCAGGCGUAUGGCAGCGGAAGCGGGUGGGAUAGACACCAGCACCCUACCCGUCUGAGCGACGUUUUGGAGGAGGACGAGCGAAGCAGGACGAGCGCGAGCCAAGUCAGCCGCAGCAGGGAUUAAUCGGCGAGUAUUCGGCGAAAGUAUGGAGCAAUUGGCCGCGAUAUUUGGGCGGCUCGUUGAGGAAUUAGCUUCAAUUUGGAAUUGAUCCUGAGCUUGCGCCACUUUACCGGGUCUUUGUCCGACCCAGCUGCGUCUUAAAUGAUCUUCGGCGUCCCACACAUUUUCUGGGUGAGGCAUGCGACACAGCGACUAGUUUGACAAUGUAACGACUUGCGCAUCCUCUACACACCUUCGGCGUUUAUCGUGCUGCUAAUAGCUCCGGCCCUUGCAACGUCAGAAUAAUUACUGGCGCUUUGGUGGGAUUAGGAGGUGGCAUUGGGAGCACUGCUCUGUCGGCCAACCCCCUUACCUACACUUUGGUCACCAGAUGCCAUCUCGGAGGAGGAUGCAGACCCAAAUGGAUCAUAAUUUUUCUUUUGUUUAAUCGUUCGAGCAUUUUCGUGGGGGCAAGCAGGUGGUAUUUGAUUAGGAAGCUGAUUUGGGCGAAUUAUAUCAGAGAGAGCGGAGUGAGCGAGAUAUUGGCGUUUUCCUUUGCAGACUUGGGGGCGUAAUACCUGUAAUUAUAUCUGCUCUCCCAAUAGACUCAAAAAAUCGUUGUGAUAAA